UUGGGGUUGUUGAAGUUGAUAACGCCGCCAUCUUGAAAAGUGAACUCUGAUGGUCUCUCUUUUCGCGCCUGUCACAAUCUGUUAUAAACACCUCAUUCUAUCAUACCUCGCCCCGUUUUUUCUUUUUUAUUCCGGUGACCGUUUUAUCCAAAGGUUCGCCAGUCUUCAUGCCGGGCUUUGGCAGUAUUCCGCUUUCGUAAUCGGUGUGUGUUGAGUGUUUUUGCUGUGGCAGACGACAUUUCUGCUGCAUGUGUCCUUUAUUUAAGGGUCUGUCCAGUUUCUACCGCCUGUGGUGCCUGUAAUGGGCCAGAAGUCCCAAAGAGCACAAGCAUUAUUUUAUUUUUAAUCAGAGUUUUUACCCUCUGGUCUCUGCUACACUCAGCAGCACCAUGUUUUGGAAGUUUGAUCUGCACACAACGUCCCACAUUGACACGCUCCUGGAGAAGGAUGACGUUACGCUGACAGAGGUGAUGGACGAAGAGGACGUCCUACAGGAGUGCAAGGCUCAGAACCACAAGCUCGUGGACUUCCUGGUGAGGCCACAGUGCAUGGAGGAUCUCGUGGGCUACAUCACUCAGGAGCCCAAUGACGAUGUGGAGGAGAAGAUCAAAUAUAAGUAUCCCAACAUAUCCUGUGAACUCCUGACCUCAGAUGUUAGCCAGAUCAAUGACAGGCUGGGUGAAGAUGAAAGUUUACUGAUGAAACUCUACAGCUUCCUACAGAAUGAGCCUCCCCUCAAUCCGCUGCUGGCCAGUUUCUUCAGCAAGGUUUUGAGCAUCCUCAUUGGGAGGAAACCAGAGCAGAUUGUGGAGUUCCUCAGGAAGAGGGAAGACUUUGUGGAUCUGAUGAUCAAACAUAUAGGGACCUCGGCUAUAAUGGACCUCCUGCUCAGGAUGCUCACCUGCAUUGAGCCACAGCAGCUUAGACAAGAUGUAUUAAAUUGGCUAAAUGAAGAGAAGGUUAUACAGCGGCUGGUUGACAUGGUACAACCAUCACAAGAUGAGGAUAGACACUCAAACGCGUCCCAGUCGCUCUGUGAGAUCAUUCGGCUGAGCAGAGAUCAAAUGUUCCAGGUACAGGGCUGCUCGGAGCCUGACCCCCUGCUGGCCACACUGGAGAAACAAGAGACAGUAGAGCAGUUGCUGUCAAACAUCUUUGACAAAGAGAAGAAUGAGUCUGCCAUAGUCAGUGUGAUCCAGAUUCUUCUAACCCUCUUUGAGACACGGAGACCAGCGUCAGUGCAUUUUAUUAUUAUAGUUUUUUCAGCCGCCUUGGGUGCUCACGCAUAUCUGAAUAACAUCCUUUUUUCUUUCAGAUUUGAAGGCCAUCUGGAGAUUUGCCCCCCUGGAAUGAACCAUCCUUCGUUCUCUGUCAAUCAGAGUAUUCUAGAUGCCGUCAGACCCAGGCUGAAAGAUUUUCACCAGCUUUUGCUCGAGCCCCCAAAGAAAACUGUCUUGAAUACCACAUGGGGAGUGUUGGAUCCACCGGUGGGAAAUACUCGUCUAAAUGUGGUGCGACUAGUGACCAGCCUUUUACAGACCAACACGCAUAUCAUCAACCAGGAGCUCAUUGCCCUCAACACAUUGGGAGUCAUACUAGACAUGUACUUCAAAUACUUAUGGAAUAAUUUCCUACACACGCAAGUAGAAAUCUGUACGGCGAUGAUCUUAGCGAUGCCUUCAACCCAAAGUGAAUCUCCUGAAAUCAACAGAGAAAAUGACCAAGAGCCCAUAAGAGAAAACAUCCUUAUCAAACAUCUCUUUCAGAAGUGCCAGUUAAUACAAAGAAUUCUUGAUGCCUGGGGAUCAAAUGAAAAGGAGCAGACCGAGGGUGGGAGGCGGAGAGGUUACAUGGGUCACCUGACCAGAAUAGCAAACUCUAUAGUCCACAACAGCGACAAGGGCCCCAAUGGGGCGCAAAUUCAGCAGCUCAUCUCAGAGCUUCCAGAGGAGGAUAGGGAACGAUGGGAAGCGUUUACUUCAGGACAGCUAGCAGAUACAAACAAGAAAAACACUGUAGACUUAGUUAACACACACCAUAUACACUCAUCCAGCGAUGAUGAGGUAGAUUUCAAAGACAGCGGGUUUCAUCAGGACUCCUCCCUACAGCAAGCCUUUUCUGAUUAUCAGAUGCAACAAAUGACGUCCAAUUUUAUUGAGCAGUUUGGCUUCAAUGACGAAGAGUUUGCCGACCAGGAUGAUGUCGGGGAUAUUCCUUUUGAUAGAAUAUCAGACAUCAAUUUUUCCUUGAAUACAAAUGAAAGUGCAAACAUGGCACUCUUUGAGGCCUGCUGUAAGGAGAAGAUCCAGCAGUUCGAAGAUGCCGGAUCAGACGAGGAAGAUAUCUGGGAUGAGAAGGAUGUCACUUUUGCUCCGGAAGCUCAGAGACGCCCCAGAAGUUCAGGAAGUACAGAUAGCGAGGAGAGUACUGACUCUGAGGAGGAGGAUGGGAAGCGAGACCCGUUUGAGUCUACCAACGCCACUGCUGAUGACAGAAUGGAAGUGGACUCUGGGGAUGGACCCGUAUGGACGGCAAAUUUUGAUGAUAUACCUAUGGACACGGGCAGCUCCACGGCUCCCAGCGCACCUGUGACAAACUCACCGGCUGCAGUGCCUGAACCUGCAGGCUGGAAUUCUCCGAACGCAGCUGGAGAUGGAGAGACGGGCUGGGCCGACUUCUCAAGUUUCACACCUGUCAGCCCCAAGGAUCCUUUGAGGAGCAAUUCCCCAGUAGCCAUGGAGACCAGCAUAGAAACAGUGGACCCUCUGGGAGUCAACGCGCCCAUGCAGCAAGAAAACACAGAUCAGUGGCUACCCAAUGAGACCACCCCGACUUCCCCUAGAGGGAAGGUAGGGGACGGCUCAGACCCCGAGGAAGAGCCCGUCAGUGACCGCAUCACAGAAACGGUCACCAACGGCUCGAUGAAGGAGACGGUCAGCCUUACUGUAGACGCCAAAACUGAAACUGCUGUUUUCAAGAGAGUGUUGAAAUCGUAUCGUGAGGAAGAGAAACGAUCUACCUCUGAAGACGCAUCUGCAAAGUUGUUUGUUGCAGAGAGUGGGGAAGUGGAGAAAAGCAAUUGUCCUCCUAGCAACUGUCAGAAACCAGGUCUAAAGCACUUAGAAGAAAAAGCAAAAGCCACUUGCAAAGCUCUAAAUGGUCCUCUUGAGGAUUCGGCCGCUAUGGACGAAGCCAAAUCAGAGCAACGCACGGCCAACCCCGAGGCAGCAGUGAACGGUCCGGCAUGAUGAGAGUAGCGCUGUCAGUCAGCUCCUGCCACGCGCACACCCCUCCUCCAGGACCACCCGGAGAGGCCAGUGCCAGACUGGAGCGCCCCC